AGACUUUUUUUCGUCUUCCCUUUGCUUCUUCUUCGCUUCACCAUUUAUUCUAUUUUAUUCUCUCUCCUAACCCUUCUUCACUCUCCUCCCCUCUUCCACCUCCUCACACUCUUUAACCUAAUGGAUCACCAAGAUCUCAGGCGAGCCCACAGUUCAGGGCACGAGAGUCACUAUGUGUGUCACAAAUGCGGGUGGCCUUUUCCGAAUCCGCACCCGAGUGCUAGACACAGACGCGCGCAUAAGAAGAUUUGCGGAACCGUUGAGGGUUACAAGGUGGCUGGCGCCGAGGGGAGUGCACAGUUGAGUGUCUCUGAUGAUGAGCAGCACUCUGAUGAAGAUCCCAAAACCCCCGGUCCGAAAGUCUUGGAAAGGAGCGUUUAUGAGAGGGGUAGUGGCGUAAUUGGGCAAGGAUCUAUUAAAUCAGAUGAUGGGGUGUUCUCGGAUGCUGUUCAGGAGUUUUCAGAUAGCGGUUCUGCUGCAUGGACCGGAGAAGGGUUAGAGGAUGCCCCGGGAUCAGCACCUAAUGUAGAAAGGGGUACCAAGAGUGAUUUGAAUGCCAUUCCGUUCCACAGUGAUGGGGGAACGACAGAAGACAAAUCAAACCCCAAUAAAUAUGAAACGGUGACAGAUGCAUCAGAAGAUAUGAAGAAGACCGAUGUGACUGACAGCAUGAUUGAGAGCUGCUUAACAUCUGUUGAUCAGGAAGCUGAAGUGACAGGAAUUACAGCAACUAAUCUGGAUAGGAACAUCAGUUCAGAGACUACUUCUAUUUCAGAUGGUAGAACUGAAGAAUCAAAACUGCUUCUUGGUGAUAGCAAUGGUUUACACCCCAUUAAAUAUGAAAUGGUGACAGAUGCAUCAGAAGCUAUUAAAAAGACUGGUGCCACUGACAGCAUGAUUGAGAGCUGCUUAACAUCUGUUGAUCAGGAUGCUGAAGUGACGGGAAUUACAGCAACUAAUCUAGAUAGGAACAUGAUCUUACCCAAUAAAGUUGCUGGUGAAACAGUUGAGGGUGGCUCUAAGUUAGAAGGAUCAAAUGAAAUGACUUCAGAAUAUGUGCGAGAUGAUGAACUUGUUCCAUCAGAGAAGGAGCAUACUGAUGGGUUUGAUAUGCAUAUUCCACAAAUUGAUGUCCCCCCUGAAGUAGAAUCUGUUGCACAUGUGAAUACUUUUGUUGAUACUGCUGAAAAGAAGGUGGAUAAUACAGAUGGAAUACAGUAUCUCAGUCCUGAUAAAGUGAUAGAGAGUCGUAAUGGGAAGGAGGAAGAGAAUGCAAAUGCAAAUGUACAUGUGCUUUCUGUGCCUGAUGACAUACAUGUGGUAGAUGAUCCUGUGCUGAUGCUUGAAGAUUUCAGAAACCAUAAAGUAAAGCAAUUAGACCAAGUUACUUUCUUGGACUCAUUGGAACAGUUUGAUGAUAAGGAAAAUGAUGUCAAACAACCUGUUUUCAACGAAAGUCUGAACAUUUUCCAGUCAAGUCAUCUAAGUGGAGGCACUGUUGUCUCUUCUGAUAUGCAUGAUUUGGAAGCUAGCCUUGAACCGGAUCUCGGCAGCAGCAAGCCAAUGAUUAAAAGUGUGCCUGUUGAAGAUGAAGCCAAUAUGUCUGAGACUGAGAUCAAGAUGUUUAAAAACCAAAGUUCAGAUGAAAUAGGAGCCCCUGCAGAUGCUGUGAGGCCUCAGAUAGCUAAAACCUAUAUGGUUGGUUUACCUGAAGGACAGGAAUCUUAUGAUAAGUCCAAUGAGUCUUUACAGGUGAACUUUGCUGCCAGUGGUGCUGGUAUAGAUCAAACAACCCACUCAGUUGGUCCAGAGAAUAAUGAAAAAGAUGGAAACUGUGAUGGGACUGGAGAGUCUGGAGACCACAGCAGAAAAGUAACUGCAGAAGAAAAUCUUGUGGCAAAUCCUGUAGCUACUGUUCAAUCUGCUGAAGGACAGGAAUCUUAUGAGAAGUCCAAUGAGUCCGGUCAGGAAUCUCAUAAUCUUAUGAGAAACUGUGAUGGGAGUGGAGAGUCUGGAGACCACAGCAGAAAAGUAACUGCAGAAGAAAAUCUUGUGGCAAAUCCUAUAGCUACUGUUCAAUCUGCUGAAGGACAGGUGUCUUAUGAGAAGUCCAAUGAGUCUUUACAGGUGAACUUUGCUGCUGGUGAUGCUGGUAUAGAUCAAACCACCCACUCAGUUGGUCCGGACGAUAAUGAAAAAGAUGGAAGCUGUGAUGGGAGUGGAGAAUCUGGAGACUACAGCAGAAAAGGACCCGCAGAAGUAAAUCUUGUGGCAACUCCUAUAGCUACUGUUCAAUCAGCUGAUCAUUAUGAAAACCAAAUUUAUCCAGCAGCUAACUUACACAAAGUCAAUGAUGCCAGUGAGUAUGAGAAGGGCGUAAUUGAAAAGUGUAAUAAAAUUGGAGAUGCUGGUUACAAUGAAAACGCUGAAACCUCUAACUUAUGUGGGGAUGACAAAAGCAGAGGAGUUGCAGAGAAUUUUUCCACAGAUCCUGCAAGUAAUUUGGAAUCUGUUAGUUGUCUAUCUGAACUCCAAGUUAAUCCAGUAACCAAUCUACAUGAAAGUGGUGAUGCUGCUGGUGAUUGUGAGAAGGAUAAAACCGAGAAGUGUGAUAUAACUGGGUAUGAUGGUGAUCAUGAGAAAGCUGAAAAGUAUGCAUCAUCUGGUGAAGAAAUAAGUAAAAGAUCUACAGAAAAAACCUUUGCGGAGGACUCUACCACUAAUUUGGAAUCCAUCAUUACUCUCUCCGACUCUCAAGUUCAUCCAUCGGGAAAGUUGCCUGAUGUUGAUGGCUCUGCUGAUCGUGAUGAGGGUGAAAUUGAGAAAUUUGUUAUAUCUGGAAAUGAAAGCAUGGAAGGAUCAGUUGAAGAAAAUAUUCUGGUGAAGUCAGAAUUGACCCCCGAGUCUUCUGCCAAUCUAACUGGUUCAAAAGCUAUUGUUGAAGAUGCAGCCAAUGGUUCUAGGAUGGAGCUGGUUGAAACCAGUGGCAGAGAUUUAGAUAGCGGUUCGAAUUCUAGCAAAGUUGCAGGAAAAAUUCUAUCAGAUGCUCAGCAAGAUGUGUUAGAAAAUGAGAUUGCUUGCAAUGACAAAAUCCUGAAAGAAGUUGAUGCCGGUGUUGCUGCUGAGUCAGAUCAUGGUCAGAAUGUUGAAUCGUUCCAGAAGAGUUCGGAGGACCAUGGGAAGAAAGAACCAGGGUUUUCUGCUUUAGAUACCGAAUCUUCUGUUCAAAGUUUCAUUGCCUCUGAAGAUAGCGGCUCCCAAGAGGUCCAUGCGGUUGCUUCUGGGAUUACUUCUCAAUCUUUGUUAGAGGAAGGCGAUAAUAACCUUGUCAGACAACAGCCAAGCGCAACUGCAAUUGAUGUGGACUCAAAUAGCCAAACUGACAGUCUGGAAGCCAACUGGGGAUCUUUCUCAGUUCUUUCCAUGCAAUCUGAUGCUGAAACUGUGCCACAUACGCAUUCCCAAUCUUCAUUAGGCGAAAACUCGGGCAAAUCUGAUAUGUUUGAGGCACCAUCUUUCAUGACAUUGGUUGAACCCCGAGGUGGGGAUGAUCAAAAAGCUACUGGUUCUGAAAUCCUGACUGCAGUACAGAACCCAGAACAGCCAAAACCUGCAUCUUUGCAAACUGGGUGGUUUCCUUCUAUGACUCAUGUUGUGAAUGAGUCACCGGGGAGAAAGAAGAACGAAGAGAUCAUUGCCAAGGUGACAAACAGGAGCACUGGGAAGCAACACACUCCUUUGAAAAACCUUUUGGGGGAGGCCUCAAGUGAAAGCAAUGGAAAGCCACUGAACCAAAAAGAAAGUCUUGCUCUUGCUCCUCAGAAAGAUGAUAAAGCUGCAAUGGUCAGUGGUCCUGUAACAACAACAGUGAGCUCGAUUCUGAAUCCUGAAUCGCCGACUGGUCAGGCUGCUAAGAAAGAGACUGCAAAAGAAUGGAACUCGCCGGCCAGAUAUCCUUCAGACACUAAGAGUGAGAAGAGGAAGGUAAAGGGGAGAUCCUGGGCACAAUUUGUGUGCUGCGCUUCUGUAAAUUAGCAUCCAUGGUGUCUUAGUUUAGCAUAUUUGAAAUGUGGGGCAGAGCUUUAGGGUUCUACUUAGGUUGAAGUUUGUGCUGGUGAAGUUGCUAGAUAUUGUCAAUCCGGUUUGUGAAUUUACUUUAUACCGAUCUAGCUAGUUGUUGGUAUGGUUAUGAGUUGGAUUUAUAGAGAUUUUGCUGUAAAUUCUAUGCAAAAAGUUCAUUAGUUAACGGAUGCACUGCAUAUAUUAAACUGGAUGGAAAUGAACCUCGAUUGUUACGUUUUUUUAA